AUGAGCGGAGAACGAGAAGGAAAAUACAAGACCCAAAGGAAAAGAGGGACAAUUUACAGCACCGAGGAGGAGGAGAACAACUAUGAAGAGAACGACGAUGCUUCACAUGGGUUCCAAACAGCCCUGCCAUCGUUCCAGACGCCCCCUUCCCGAAGUCCAGGCGGUCAACCCCAGGCUUCACACGUUCUGAGCUCCAUUGGGAACGCGUUAGACGACAACAGCCAGGCUAACUUUUGA